AAAAAAAAACCAAUAAUGGACAAAUAUACUUGAAAACACGCUGCAGUAUAUAUUAUUGUCAAUUGUAGUGUAUUGUAAUAUUAAACAAUGUUAAUUUUAUUAUCACAGCAUUAUGAACACAUUCUCAGUUGCACUACAGUUUAAGAAAAAAAAUGGGAAGAGCUUGUUGUGUUUCUGGCUGUGAUUCUGGAGUUAAAGUUCCAUCACAUAAGUUCCCAAAAAAUCCAAAAAGAUGUGCUGAAUGGAUCAAUAAUUUAAAUUUAGAACAUUUAAAAAAUUAUGACAGUAGCAGUUUGCAAAAAUUUAAAGUUUGUCAUAAACAUUUUCGUGAAACAGAUUAUAGUUUUGCUCCACAUAAUCAUUUUUUGAAGGAUACAGCAAUUCCAUUUAUAAAACAUACUACAGUUAUGGACACAAUAACUAACAAUUCGGAGCAACAACAAUCACAACAAUUUAAUUUAUUACUAGAAGUUAAAAAUAUAGAACAAAUUAAAAUUGAACCGCAGGAGACAUUAGUUCAAUAUCAAAUAUAUAAUGAACAACAAUAUAAAGAGACAACAGAAAAUAAACAACAAGAAAAUAUACAAAUCCCGCAAAUAAAAGAAGAAAACCUUUUUCAACAAGUCAUACAUGUAAAUAAUCAAGAUGUAAAUAAUCAAGAACAUGUAAAUAAUCAAGAAAAUAAAGAAGAUCCAAAAUUAUUCAAGCUAAUCCAAGAUCAUGAAUAUCGAUUAAACAAGUUAGAAGAAAAAGUUGACUUUAUUUUGAACUCUUCAAAAAGAAGAAUAUGGAAUAGACCAGAUUUACCAAAAAUAACAUGUAAAGCUAAGCUUACUCCCAAAGUCAAAAGUUUAUAUGGAACAAUAAUAAAAUUAAGACGAGAUAAGAGACGUUUACAACGUCUUUUACAGCGUUUCAGGGAAGAGAAUGCAAGAAAAGGACAAAAGACUGUCUCUCUCAAAAAGAAUUGUCAAAACAUAUGAACAUGAGAAAAUGAAAUAAUACAAUUACCAAAAAGUGCUGCAACAACUUUGGAAGUUAUAUUAUUUUUUAAUAACUUACUCGAUUCAAUUAACGUUCACAAAACAUCAAGAAUUAAGCAGCAUAUUAUCAUCAGUAGUGGGCAUAUCGAAUUUUGGUGAGAAGCUUGCGAGAAAUUAAAAAAGAUGCAAUAUAUAUUUUAAUAAAGAAACACAUCAAAUUCCGAAAAGGGAUUAUUUAAACGAGCCAUUUGUAUCACAAUAUGUAUUAAACAUGCUAUAAAAGUUGCAAAAAUAAAACUAACAAGUAUCUGCCAUGAACUUCAACUUCGAAAAAUUAACAAAAAUAAACGAUCUCUCU